UCAGUGACUCCAGUGCUGAAUGCAUUAACUCACAGAAGUAGAUGUGGAAUAUUUCCUGAAACUGAUGGUUUUAUAAUAACAAGAGAAGAACUUGCGAAAGUGUGUCGAGAAGAGAUGAAGGUCAUGACACUUCAUCCGAUUACGAACCAUGUCUAUUUUUUCCUGCUGGCUGCGGCUGUCCGGUGUCAAGUCAACCCAGAGAUGUGUCGGUAUCCUCUGGGUAUGACUGGUGGGCAUCAGGACGAGGACAUCUCUGCAUCCAGCCAGUGGUCUGAGUCAACUGCUGCAAGAUUCGGCAGACUUGACCUGGAUAACGGAGACGGUGAUGGAGCUUGGUGUCCUGACAUCAUGUCAGAGCCAGACGGCCUCAAAGAGUUCCUUCAGGUGGACCUGCGCUCACUGCACUUCAUUACCCUGGUGGGCACCCAGGGUCGCCAUGCCGACGGGAUGGGUAACGAGUUUGCCCAGAGAUACAGGAUCAAGUACAGCCGCGACGGCAGCAACUGGGUGGGCUGGCAUGAUAGGAAGGGAAGGCAGGUGAUUGAGGGGAACAGGAAUGCGUACGAUGUGGUGCUGAAGGACCUGGAACCUCCAAUCAUUGCUCGAUUUGUGCGCUUCAUGCCUGUGACGGAUCACUCCAUGAUCGUGUGCAUGAGAGUGGAGCUCUACGGCUGUGAAUGGCUCGAUGGCCUGAUGUCUUAUAGUAUUCCAGAUGGGCACCAAAUGAUCUACAGAGGCCUGGAUGUCUACUUUAAUGACUCUGUGUAUGAUGGAGCGUUGGCUGAAAGGCUGACAAAGGGCCUGGGCCAACUGACAGACGGUACCUGGGGAUUGGAUGAUUUCCUCCACAGCCACAUAUACGGCAUGUGGCCGGGCUACGACUUUGUGGGUUGGAGCAACAAGAGCUUCCCCAAAGGUUAUGUGGAGAUGAUCUUUGAGUUCGACCACAUCCGAAACUUCACCUCCAUGAAGGUCCACUGUAACAACAUGUUCAGCAGAGGAGUGAGGAUGUUCAGACAGGCCGGCUGUUACUUCCGGUCAGGAUCAGACUGGGAGCCCGAGCCCGUAACCUUCAGGCCCGCUGUGGACCGUGUGAGCCAGAGCGCCCGCUUUGUCACCGUGCCGCUUGGAGACCGCACAGCCAGCGCCAUCAAGUGCCGCUUCCACUUCAGCGACGUGUGGAUGCUGUUCAGCGAGGUGGCCUUCCAGUCAGGCUCAGCAGUCUACAAUAAUUCUCGCGGUCCAAGAAAACCCGGACACCCAACAAACACAUUACCAGGAGAUGAUCCGACUCAUAAAAUGGACGACAGCAACACCAGGAUCCUGAUUGGCUGCUUGGUGGCCAUUAUCGCCAUCCUGCUGACGAUCAUAGUCAUCAUCCUGUGGAGGCAGGUGUGGCAGAAGAUGCUCGAGAAGGCGUCUCGUCGGAUGCUGGACGAUGAACUCACAGCUCGUCUUGCUGUCCAGACUCAGCCCUUCUCCUCCCAUCACUCCUCUCUGACCAGUGAGGGCGGCUCCACCUCCAACUCCACCUACGAGAGAAUCUUCCCCCUCUGCGCCGACUACCAGGAGCCUUCACGCCUUAUCCGGAAACUACCUGAGUUUGCUCAGUCCACAGAACAUCUCGAACUGAGCUCCAUCGGUAAAGCUCUUGCAGCUGGUGGUGCAGACGGAGCCCCUCACUAUGCGGAGGCAGACAUCAUCAGCCUGCAGGAGUCUUCAGACUGCAUCUCAAACUCCAUCGCAGCCGUCAGCAUGAAUCUGUUUGCCUGCACGGAUUCCUUCAUGAGAGAGUUCCCAAGACACAAACUCACCUUCAAUGAGAAGUUGGGAGAGGGCCAAUUUGGAGAAGUGCACUUGUGUGAGGCAGAGGGCAUGCAGGACUUCCUGGAUGACGACUUGGAUGUAGAGGGAAACACUGAGUCUCCUUUGCUGGUGGCUGUGAAAACGCUGCGGGAAGAUGCCAACAAGAAUGCAAGGAAUGACUUCCUGAAAGAGAUUCGGAUCAUGUCUCGUCUGAGGGACCCCAACAUCGUGCGUCUGCUUGCGGUGUGCGUGGACACUGACCCGCUGUGCAUGAUCACUGAGUACAUGGAGAACGGAGACCUGAACCAGUUCCUGUGCAGUCUGAGACGUAAAGAAGCUGCUGAAGAUAAGACUGAACAAGAGAAGGAAGAGGGAAAGGGUAUGGUCAGUAAACUUAUCGGCAUGGCUGUGCAGAUUGCUUCUGGUAUGAAGUACCUGUCCUCUCUCAACUUUGUCCACCGUGAUCUGGCAACACGAAACUGCCUGGUAGGAAAGAACUUCACCAUAAAGAUCGCUGACUUCGGCAUGAGCAGGAACCUGUACAGAGGGGAUUACUACAGGAUCCAGGGACGGGCGGUGCUGCCUAUUCGCUGGAUGUCCUGGGAGAGCAUCCUGCUGGGUAAGUUCACAAUGGCCAGUGAUGUGUGGGCGUUCGGGGUGACUCUGUGGGAGAUUCUCACUCUGUGUAAGGAGCAGCCGUACCCACAGCUCUCUGACGAGCAGGUCAUUGAAAACACAGGAGAGUUCUUCAGGGACCAGGGCAAACAGGUGUACCUGCCGAAGCCUCCCUGUUGUCCGGACACUGUCUACAACGAUUUGAUGCUGAGCUGCUGGAGGAGGAAUGCCAAACAGAGGCCUGGCUUUCAGGAGAUCCACGCUCAGCUGAUGGAAAGCCUGGCGUAGCAGACAAGACAGGCCGCCUCUCUCCGCCAUGCACUGUAACAAUUGCUCCCUGCAGUCUGGAUUUAUAUGGAAUCAGAAACCACCAAUUCAAUAUUUUCCGUUAGUUUUUUUGCCUUCUUGCAACAAUGGUGCUGUAAAUAAAAAGAUAUGAGGAGAAGGUUUACACUUGAACAGAGAUUUAAAUUGUAGAUAUCGUGCAAACAAGCACUAUUCACACCUCUUUGUAUUUAUUAAAUGCUUUUUAUUUCCUAAGUCAUUUCUAUUUAUCGAGUACUUCAUGUUAUUCAUAGGUUUUAAAACACAUUUUUGAUUACCUAAUAAACAUCUAUUUCUAGUGCACAUUUAAUUGUGAAUGUUGAGUCAUGUGACCUUGAAUUUUAAUAUAUUUGUUUCUUAAUAUGAAAGGAUGAAACAAUAAUGUAUGUUGCUUAAUAAAACAUGGGUUUUUACUCUGCAGCAGAGUAUUAAGUAUUUUAUGAACAUUUAAGUGUUGAAAAUACAAAAUAAUUUGUGCAAUGCUAAAUAGUUGUCUUUUGAAAACCUGUCAAACCCUAACACCCCUGUAAAUAAUGCAAAAGUUAUAUAAAUUGCAUCUUUCAUUAUGUCUUAUUUCUGUUUGCAGUAUUCAUAUGAUU